AGUAAGUUGGAAUGGCGUACUGCAAACAGAGUGCAGGUCAUGAGGAGGUGUUAAAAUGUCCAGUUUGUCUAGAAAUCUAUAAAGAUCCUGUUAUUGUGGAAUGUGGACACAGCUUCUGCAGAGAAUGUAUUGAUAUAUUUUGGGACUACAACAAAAACAUCUCUUGUCCUGAGUGUUGUGAAAAGUUCUCAGCCAGAAAGCACAAAGUGAAUCAGCUGCUUGCUAGUGUGAUUAGGGGAACUCAGAGAAUGAGCCAGAGAAAGAAACAGGAGAAACCAGACUCUUCACAAAAAGAAGGGACGCAGAUUCCAACUGCAAAGCAAGAGAAAGUACUUCAACAUUGUGAUGAACAUGGAAUGAAUUUGGAAUUGUUUUGUGAGGAAGAUGAAACCUUGGCCUGUGCUCAGUGUGUUCCAAAGCAUUAUGGACACCAUUUCAUAUCCUUGCAGGAGGCAGUUAGCAUGUACCAGGAUAAACUGAAAGUAGCUUCAAGAUGUCUGGAAUGCAGACUGAAAGUGCUUGCAGAGCUGCAGAAGAAACAGAUCCAGAAGGUGUCUAGUAUCAAAGGGCAGGCCCAGAGUCUGGAACAACAUAUUACAUCAGAGUUUGUUAGACUGCACCAGUUUCUUCAGGACAAGGAGCAGCAACUGAUCCAACAACUCAAGAGAGAAGCAGCAGGAAUUCUGGAGGAGACAGAGGAAAACCUGAAAAUAAUUAAGGAGAAGAGCAACACCAUUCAAAGACAAAUAUUAGCUAUUCAGUCCAAGAUAAAUCAGGAUGAUUCUCUGCGUUUGCUAAUGGAAUUCAAAGAUGAUGUAGAAAGGUUCGCUAAACUAUCAGAUGAAACAACUUUGUCUAAAUCUAUCUUUGUGACUCAUUCCCUGAACCUUGGGAUGUAUAAGAACCCCCUCCUACAGUACAGCAUUUGGAAAGAAAUGGAAUCUAUUAUCAGUCCAGCGUUGUCUCCAGUGACAGUAGACCCGAAGACUGCACACUCUAACAUCAUUGUCUCUAAAGACAGGACCAGCAUAAGAUGUGCUAACAAAGAAAGACAGCUCCCUGACAAUGCUGAUAGAUUUGAUUAUCAACCUUUUGUGCUGGGAUCAGAGGGAUUUACAUCAGGCAAGCACUGCUGGAAGGUGGAAACAAAGAACAUGACCAACUGGAUGUUGGGAGUAGCCCAAGAGUCCUGCAAGAGAAAAGGGAACUUCAACAUAAAUCCCAAGAAUGGAUUUUGGACUUUAUUGUUACUGUCAGGUGACAAUAUGUCUUGUCAAAUGGGCAGCAGACAAAAAAUAAAUCAUGUGACUGGAAGACAUGGGAGAGUCUUGGUGUAUCUGGAUUAUGAUGAAGGACAACUUUCCUUUUACAACGCUGACUACGGAUCUCACAUCUACACCUUUGUUAGCCCUUUCUCGGCUAGACUUUAUCCAGUUUUCAGUCCUCGUGAUAGGAAUGUGGAACCCCUGAAACUAAUGCAUGAGAAACAAAACUGAGCCCUAAUAACUGUAAACUUGAAAUCCACUCACGCUAAUCACUUUCCAAAUUUUUUUAUGUGGCAUUUUGUAAUGACAAAAAAUAUAAAUAUUCCAUUUAAUUUCGGGUCUCUAGUUACUAAUGCAGGUCGGAGAUUAUUAAUAAUGAUUAAUUAGGUCAAACGUCUGUUAGUUUGCUGUUUGCAGUGUAUACUGCUUGUGUUUGCUUCAUAUAUAACCAUAUAUAAUUUCUCCUUGCUUACUUUAGAGCCUGAGCUGGUAGAACUUUUGGCAUUAGGUAACACAUUUGUGCCAACAGUAAAGAGUGAUGUUGCUAAAGUUCUGUUGGACUUGAAAUGUUAUGUGAGGAGGCUUAAUUUGAAAUUAAUGUUUAAUGAAUCACCUGCACCAUCUUUGUCUAAACUUAAGCUUCCAAGCGUGUUUAAUCCGCCAUUGCAUGUGGCAUUAAAGAUGUUCAAGAAUGCAUGUGAACUCGAUAUUAGACAUGCUGUUAAGACCACUAAGGUCAAGUCCAACCAGUUUAAUAUCUCUAAAGACCAAAUUGUUGCCCUUAAUAAGUUGCGGGCAUCUACGGUCAGGAUCAUCAAGCCAGAUAAGGGUGGUGGUCUAGCUAUUUUUGAACAGACAGAGUACGUUGAGAGAAUGUGUAGAGUGUUAAACACUGAUGCUUAUGAGCUAUCAUCGAUCAAUGAAAUGAAUUGUAGUUCUAAUAGAAUAAGAGGUUACUUUAAGGACCUGUUUAUAUCAGGAAGAAUAGAUAUAGACACUUUGGGCUAUAUCGAUAUAUUGUAUCCCAAAACACCGGUAAUGUUCGGUAUUCCCAAGGUUCAUAAGAACCUUGGGGAUCCGCCCAUGAGAGCUUUAAUUGAUGGUAGAUCUUCCACAACUUACUCUUGUUCUAAAUAUGUUGAUUUGUUGCUUGCUAAGUACGUUAAAUGUAUACCGAGUAUAUGUAAAGACUCCUGGUCCUUCCUAUCCGAUAUGAAUGCUAUGUUAGUUGAUGAACAUACUAACUUCUUAACCAUCGAUGUGGUGGAUUUAUAUACAUCAAUCCCACAUCUAGAGGCCUUGGAAUGGAUUGAAAUUCUGCUGCUUGACAUAGGCGCCACUAAAAGGGACAUAGAUAAUGUCACUGAAUUACUAGACAUUAUACUGUCUUCUAAUUUCUUCUCCUUUGAAGGAGAUAUUUAUUUACAGAAAAAAGGGGUGGUUAUGGGCUCCCCGUGCGGCGCAGCGGUAGCCAAUCUAUUCAUGGCAUACUGGGAAAGACAUUAUGUCUUUAACAAUCCGGCUUGGAAGGACAAAAUUGUUUUUUACACACGCUUUUUGGACGACGCGUUUAUACUUUUCAAAGGAGACGCCUUAAUGGCUCAUAUGUUUGUAGAGUUCUUAAAUUCAACAACAUCUUUUUUGAAAUUUACGUAUUAUUUUGACACCAAGCAAGCUAAUUAUUUGGAUGUUAAACUCUCUAGGGAUGCCAUCACUGGUUAUUUGAAAUCUACUAUUUUUAGAAAAGACACUUACGUAAAUUCCUAUCUUCACUAUAGCAGUUCUCACCCGUUUAAACAGAAAAAGGCAAUUGUAAAAGGGCAGCUGGUGAGAGCGGUGAGAAUGUGUAGUGAUGUAAAUGACUACAUCCUUGAAAGUGAAUUUCUAAGGGAGCUCUUUUAGAAUCGUGGUUAUCCACACCAGCUAAUUGAUGACCUGAUGGUGGAGGUCACAGCAAAGAGAAAUAAUGGUUUUUAUAAACCACUUUUGUGUGCGCCACCACAAGUUGACAGGCAUAAUGCUCAGAAUGAUGUUUUUUUGUCUACAACUUCUUCACCGAUAGAGGUUCCUAUGUUAACAGGAGCUUCAGAUAGUAAGAACCCGCCAUGCAAAUUCAUUAUGACAUUUAGUUUGAAUUGCAAGGCAAUUUUGGAGAUUUUAAACAAAAAUUGGUUUUACUUAUCUUUAUAUGCUUCUGUGGUUAAUAAAUUGGGUGACAAACCGUUUACAGUGUUUAGGAGAGCCAAAAACAUGAAGGAAUUGUUGCAAACCUACUCUUUAGCGUCAGCGAGUAGAAGAUCUAAGGGAUCUUUUACGUGUGGUGCAUGCAAUUACUGUUCACACAUAAAGACGGGGAGUACAUUUAGUGUAUUGGGCAAUAAAUAUUACAUCAAUCACAGAAUCAACUGUGAUACUAUGUCUAUUAUUUAUAUUGCUUUUUGCACUUGUUGCCCUGGAUUUUAUGUUGGUAAGACAGAUAGAAAGUUUAAAUAACGUAUUUACCAACAUAACUAUGCAAUUAAAAAUGCAAAAUGUGAAAACGCGCUUGCUAAACACGUAGUGAACUAUCCAGGACAUUCAUUCCAAUUCAUGGGGGUUGAACAUUUACCUACACCUGUAAGAGGGGGUCCGACGUCUAUCAUACUAGAAACCAGGGAAUUAUUAUGGCAACUAAAAUUAGAUGCCUUUAAUUUCCCAGGUUUAAAUGAAAGCUGUAAUAUAGCUCCAUAUUUGAAAUUAAAAUCUUAUAUGAGAUAGUAUGGUAGUUAUAAUAAGGUUUAACCUUAUGUCUUGUUCUUAUAUAAGAACUAUGUUAGGGACUAACUUGUUACCUAUUAAGCCUUUGUCUACUAAAAGUAGUGUUCUAAUGACAGGGAAUUUAUUUUACGAAUGUUUGAAUAGUUUUAGGCUUUUAGCUAUGGUCCAACCAUUUCUUGAAAUUAAAUGCUUUUGAGAAUUGUGAAUAAAUGGCUGGUUAGGUUAGUUUAUUAAAGUAUAGAAAUAUAAACACAAAUAAAUACAAAAAUUGAUAGCUGAAUUAUGUACAUGGGUAUAUACUUAAAUUAGUAUUUUAUAGAGUUAUAUAUUUUCCACUUGUACACAUAUAUAUAUAUAUAAAAAAAUUUUUAUACUUUAUGGUGUUUAUGUGAGUUAGGUUGCAUAUGUUUUUAGAGAUGUACAUAGAUUCUUCUGUCUAUGGAGUUAGCACUGAAUAAAAUACUGACCAUGUCAAAUGUGUAAUAAUAGGCACUACGACAGUGUGCUUAUGCACAUUUAAAUGUGGUUUUAAUAACUUUGCGACAUAGACAUAAGGAUUCAAUUGUUAUGUUUAAUUAACAACAAUGUUUUACCUAGAUAAUGAAAUUUUAUCUGGCUUGUAAGGACUUGUUUUGUUUUAUUAAAUAGUGCAUUUUGAAUUUAUAUCCUUGGUUGAUGCUCCUGCAUAAACGGAAGUGAUGUAAUUAUUAGCCCUGUUGGAGCGGAGCUAUAAGGAUCUUGUUAUUUUGUGUUUUGUAAACCUCUGAAGAAGCUACUUUUUUCUGUAGCGAAAACGCUGUCUGUUGUUACUCAAUAAACCUGCGUUCAGGCUUUUA